AUGAUGCAACUGUUGACGAACGCCCUUCGCGCCAUCGAACUCGGCGGCGACGAGGCUCGAGCGCCGCAUGGCGGAAACGUCGCGAAAAUGGUGGCCGAAAGGGACCUCUCAUCGAUCGAGACCGCUCGUCUCAUGGAAAAGCUUCUCCGCAGCGUCCCCCUCACCGACUACGAGACGCUCCGCAUCAAGUACGACGCGCUUCUAAAGACGGACGCCUUUGGGCCAAGUGCCGCGGCUACGACUACCGUUACCGAGCAGCCACUAAUUUCCCUCAUUACUACACAUCAAAGAGAGGAGUACGAUGAGCUGUUGGCAAGGAAUGCAUAUCUAAAGAAAAUGCUCGAGAUCCUCACUGACCAGAACGAGUUUUGGAGCCGGGAAUGCGAUAUAUUGCAGCUCGAAAACGAGGAGAUCAAGCGCUUCCUGGAGGAUAUGGAAAAUCGUAGUGAUCAGCGGGAGAUCUUGGGUGAAAUCGAGCGUCGACUUUUACAAACGAUUCGCGAGCAAGCGGAAGAAGCGAUGGAGAGAGAUUCUGAUAAACGGCGAGGGAAUGAGCAUUUUAACCGAUUCGAAAAAGCCCAAGGCCAAUGGCAGGCCCAAAAACGCCAUCUGAUGCAUGCCGUCCAGUUGCUACAAACCACACUUCAGGCCGAAAACCAGGACCCGAAUCGGGUGAAACGUGCUCUGAGCGGUGCCCUGCUUGAAGUCGGGCAGCUGAGGGAGCAGCAGAGGAUCAGCCAGGCUUUGACCCAAAAACUCGAAGCCGACCUCUCGAAGAAGACGCUGGAGUGCGAGGAGUUGAACAAGGUCGUCAAGGAACACGUUGAAGCCCUGAUUUCUUGGGACGUUUGGAGGGAAUUCGACUCCGAGGAAAAGCCCAAGAGAGUAGCAAAAAUUGAGAAAAUCGAGAAGGAGACAUCGCCCGAAGCCGAAGAAGGCUACCAAGAAGACUACGAAAGCGAAUCGACUACAGACAGCGGGGCUGAUAGUGAAGCCGGGCCAAAGGUGAUCGUCCGCACCAUCGUUAAGGACAACCGCAAGCCGUUCGAGGAGCAGUUCGCGCGCAUGAAGAAGGCCACCCAGAUUUGCAUCCAGACCUAUAAGGAGCAGCUAGCGCAGAGGGAGGAAGCCAUCGAGCACUACAAGAAGCUGCUGAAGGAGAGGAUGGAAGAGCCGCCGAGAGAGGAGCGUGUAAGGCGGCUGACGACGGCAAAUAAGGACCUCCUCGCCACCUGCGAAAAAAUCAGGGAUGAUGCUCUGCAAGAGUUGGAAGCCAAGCGCAAUCGCUUAGCCACCCAGGGGGAUGCUGAGACAACGAGGCUUCGGACUGAAUGCGAGAGGCUGCGUAGAGAGACGCGGGCGCUGCAGAGGACGGUCGCCAUUCAAAACGAGACGAUUCGGAAUACGCAGAAUUCGGAAGAGCGGAAGAAUGCUACGGAAGAAGUGGCAAAAUGGCAUGAAAAGAAGAAGGCCGAGCAGACGAUUGUGAUUUUGAAGAAGCGGCUGAAGACUUCG